CACACACACACACACACACACGUAGUGACUUGGAUUUCAACCCCAUCCCCAUCCCUCAGAGUCUCAUGCUGUAGCUCUCAAGAAGCUUGACCAGAGGCACAGCUACUGAAGACCAGAAGAUAGUCUGAGGAUUCACCUGGCCACACUUUGUGUUUUUACACUGCCUCAACUAACUGAAUCUCCAUUUCAAUGCUUUGGAAAAGGCAAGAGGUUUAGCAGCACUGUUUUUAAUCCAGUGUUGAAGUGUGCUGCAUUUUCUCAGAAAAGCUGGAGGAAUUUCAGAGCUGAUUAUGCAGCACGGCACAAUCUGCUGGAAAAAAAUGAGCUUCUCAGGUUAACAUGUUCUUCUGUUUUGCCGUGACCUACUUUAGUGUGAUAAGGCUUUUGGCUUUUUUUUUGCACUGCUGCUGGAAAUUUGCAUUCAACAAAGGAUCACAUUGAGCCCAGGAGGUUUCGCACGAGAGUGCCCUCAGUUCUGGAAACUCAUCGGCAGUAAGACGCCCAGGCAAUAUACAUCAGAACAAAUAUUGAAGCAGAGCCCCAAACUUUAGGCUCAGUCCAACAGAAAGCAGCAGCAGAACUCAGGCAGACUUUUGACUGUGCUUGUGGAUCAUGGCUUUCGCAGACUUGCUGGAGCAGGUGGGCAGCACUGGCCAUUUCCAGAUCAUGCAUGUCACCCUGCUCUCCUUGCCCAUCCUCAUGAUGGCCAGCCACAAUCUGUUGCAGAACUUUGUAGCUGCUGUGCCGUCUCACCACUGUGUUGCCCAUACUAACCUCUCUGGACACCUGCUGGACCCAGAGGACACACUGCUCAUCAGCAUACCCCUGGACCAGCAGGGCAGACCUGAACGCUGCAGACGCUACACCCACCCACAGUGGCACCUGCUGCACACAAACAGUUCUAAGGAGCUGGAGUGGGAGAACGAAGAGAAUGGAAUCAAUAUGCAGGGAUGUGUGGAUGGAUGGAAAUACAACAUGACCGAGAUGACCUCGACCAUCAUUACGGAGUGGGAUUUAGUGUGUGAUAUGCGGUCUCUGAAGCAAAUGGGACAAACUAUUUAUAUGGGAGGGGUGCUUGUGGGUGCAAUGAUCUUCGGGGGACUAUCUGACAGGUUUGGCCGGCGUGUUUUAUUGCUUAUCUCUCACCUGAUGAUGGCAGUGGCAGGGACGUGCGCAGCCUUUGCCACCUCCUUCUCCCUUUUCUGUCUCUUCCGCUUCUUUUGUGGCAUGGCUCUGUCCGGUCUGGUCCUCAAUUCCUUCUCCCUCAUUGUGGAGUGGAUCCCCACUCGUGUGCGGACAGUGGUGGGCACAGGCACAGGCUACUGCUACACUACAGGCCAGCUCAUCUUAGCCGUAGUGGCUUACAACAUCAGAGACUGGCGCUGGCUCACUCUGGCUGUUUCUUUGCCCUUCUAUGUCUCCUUCCUCUACUCAUGGUGGUUCUUGGAGUCUGCCCGUUGGCUGGUCCUGAACAAGAAGCCUGAUCAGGCAGUCAAGAACCUCAAGGCUGUGGCGCGCAUGAACGGUCGUCGUGAUGAGGCAGACAAAAUCAAUAUAGAGAUGCUGCAGCAGUCCAUGAAGAAGGAGAUGUCUUGCUCACAGAUCAGUCAUAGUGUGCUGGACCUGCUACGGAAGCGCACAAUGAGAACUAUCACUGUCUGCCUCAGUGCAGUCUGGUUCUCCACAAGCUUUGCCUACUAUGGCCUUUCCAUGGACUUACAGAAAUUUGGGGUGAACAUAUAUUUGAUCCAAGUGAUCUUCGGAGCCGUGGAUAUUCCAGCCAAAAUCAUUGUCACAGUAUCUAUGAGCAUAAUAGGACGGAGAAUAUCCCAGUGCGCAGCACUCAUGUUAGCGGGCAUUACCAUCCUCAUCAAUAUGUUGGUGCCCUAUGAACUGCAAACAUUGCGUACCAGUUUGGCAGUGAUUGGAAAGGGCUGCCUUGCUGCCUCCUUCAACUGCUGUUACCUUUACUCAGGGGAGCUAUACCCCACUGUAAUCCGGCAGAAUGGCAUGGGAUGGGUGUCGAUGAUGGCACGUCUGGGGGCUAUGGUGGCUCCCCUGGUACUUCUGAUAGGAGAAGCUGUGGCAUGGUUUCCGGGUUUCAUCUAUGGAGGAGCUCCCAUUCUGAGUGGAAUUUUCGCCUACUUCCUCCCUGAAACACUAGCUACUCCUCUCCCAGACACUAUCCAGGAUGCUGAGGAGAGAGGAUUCAUAAGGAGAAAACAAACUUCUAAGAAAGAGGAAAUGGUCUUAAAAGACUCCAGCAACAGUCCACUAAAGGAAACUGCAGUGCCUUAGUCCACUGUGAGUGACCUGUCCAUGGAGCACACAAUCCAGCACACAAUCCAGCUGCAAUAGCUUAGAUGUUAAAGAGGGUUUGCAGUGAUUUCCUGGUGAUGUGAAAGGGCUGAGAGAGAGUGCAGGACAGUUCCUACUUUACAUGAUGAAACUAAGGCUACAUUGACAGCAUUAUUUGUGUGUACAGUGUUUUCAGACUAGAAUGUAGUUGAAAUGAUUUAUUGAUAGUAAAUGAAUAGUAGCAUCAGAUGACAGGUCAGAAAAAUCAUUUUAACAUCAUUUUAAACUUUCACAUGUUUGUUUUGUCAAUAAUACAAAACCAGGCUAAUAAAGUAUUAUAAAGAUUCUUCUUAACUAAGUGGAA